AUGAAAUUAUUUGUAAUAUUAUUAGUAACAGCAAUUGUUUGUGUAAACGGUUUAACACAAACCGAUAGAUCAUAUCAAUAUACAACCACCGAUAAACUAUGGUAUUUAGAAUAUCUUCCAUCAAACUACGAUCCAACAGGAGUAAAUAAAUCACCAGUUAUUAUUUUCUGUCAUGGUAAUGGUGAAAUCGCAUGGAAUAGCAAUUGGCCAACAGAUCUGAAUUUAUUGAGAAAUGCUCCGGGUGCUCCACCAAUGUUAAUUCAAAACAACCGAUGGGAUACAACUCUUCCAUUUGUAGUUCUCUCGCCACAAAUCAAUGGAAACGGUUGGAAUGCCGAUAAGAUUCUGAGCUUCACUCAAUCAUUGUCGACACUCUAUCCUGGUGCAGACACCUCAAGAGUUUACCUUACAGGUUUAUCCGGUGGUGCUACCGCAGUCUUUGAAAUGCUCAAAAUCUCCAAAGCGAAUUCCGAUUUAUUCGCUGCUGCUUUAACCAUGGCAACUGCUCAAGUUACAUCUGGAACUGGUAUCUAUGAUUCAAGUCUACCGGUAUGGGGAUUUUGGAAUGCAAAUGACAAUGUUGUUUGGUGGGGAACAAUUGAAAAUGUUGAUUAUUUAAAUAACCAAGGUAUUUGUCCAAGAGCAAAGAAAACUAUUUUCGCUGCAGGUUGGAAUCCAAGUUUUACUCAUGAUUGUUGGACUCCAUUAUAUGAGAGAACCGAUUCAAACUAUGAUAUCUACGCUUGGAUGUUGCAAUAUACCAACCAAAGAACAUUCAGUUCAGGAUGUACAUCUUCAGUUACUACAAUAACCUCUACCACUGGUAGUCCAACUACCACUACCACAACAGGGUCGGCAACAACAGGAUCGGCUACCACUACAACAGGUUCAGCAACUACUGGAUCAGCUACAACUACCACUACUACAGGAAUUCCAACAACUCUACAAUGGUCGAAAUUCAGUGAUGCUGCAACUGAUUUCUGUGUUGUUAGCUCAACCGACGAUGUCUAUAAGAUUGACAAUACACCAAACAAGUCGUACAGACGUAAUCAAUUGGCUUCUUCCUGGUUAGAGAUUGGUAGUAGCGGUCAAAGUUUAGGUUGUACAAGUAGCUAUGCCUAUGUUCUUCUUUGGGGAAUGAUCUACAAGUAUGAUCCUGCCAUUUCCAAUUGGGUAGUGACAGGACCCGGUGGAGUCAGUGCUCAGUUCCUAAUUGGAGGUGGUAAUACACUCUACUAUUACAGUACAGACACCACAGUCCAGAUGCUAACCACCAGCAACAAUUGGACAACAGUUUUCUACUUCCCUCCAGCAACCAAAUUCAGUGCAUCUGGUGACUUCCUCUUUGCUCUGCUACCAGGCGGUCUAUUGCAAAUGUAUAGCAACGGUGUUCUCACCAAUACCAAUGUAUUCAACGGUCAAGACGUACUCUCUGGCAGAAACAGAGGUUAUGUCAUUGUAGCGAAUGGAGAUAUCUGGACUGGCACAACACCUGCUUUCUUUGUAGUUGGUGGACCGGGUGAUGCUUUCGGUGUGACAAAGAACGCCCUCUAUGGUAUCGGUUCAAACGGUGUUGAUAUCUUUAGAAAUCAAGAAGCAACUGGAAAUUGGUGGUAUGUCUACUCAUCAACUUCACAAGUCACCCGUAUCAUUCCAAACGGUGUCAGAUUAUAUGCCGUUGUUGCAUCUGGCGAACUUUACACACUUUACGGCAAUGAUAUUUAA